AUGAACACCGGUGGAACGCUACGAAGAACAUCACCGAUGGGUAACACGGAGGGUGAGAGCACUCUAGCUGGGCAACCGCUCAGGCCGGAGGUGAAGCUCUGUCAGCAGUACAUGGACAUGGUGUGGCAUAGCUUCACCGCGCAGUUGCUGCUGCGCUUCCAGCAGCAUGCGUGGGGAGGCGAGCGCGCCGACCACGAUCACCUCGGUCACAUCGCUCUGCUGCCGGACGCCGUUACCAUGGUGCUAAUACAGAUGCUGCGGCUGAUCAGUGCCAAAUCACAGAGCGAAUGCUACCCGUCGUUGUCAUUGAAUUCGGUGUCGAUCGUGUGUAGGAGGCUGUACCAGGUCUCUGCUCAAGCACAGUGGGAUACGGUUCAGUGCGAGGCUCUGGCGGCUUGCGCGUCGGACAAGUGCCAGCCCGUGCCGCUAGAGAACGAGCUGUACGGAACGAGAACGGGCAAGCUACUGAGGGACGCCUACGCACCGCUACUGUCCGUGCUCAUGCAGGCAAGAGAGCUGGUCACGCACGUGCCUGCCACCAACACGCUUCACUCCAACGCUCAAAGAAACCAAGAGCUUAAGUGUAGAGAGCUGCUGCCGCUGCUACUGCCCAGCCUAUCGUGUGUGCUCGCCACUCUCACGCUCGCCACCAACUGGUCGCGAGUCAAGGCCACUCAGUUCCUCAGCUCGUGGUCACUCGGACCUUUCCUGCUCAUCACACAAACCGAUCUCAAGAUGCUGUCUGACGUCAACCGACGACUCUUCUAUCUCGGCCAGCCCAACGUACACAAGCUGCACUCGGAGCUCGACCAGCUCCUGCUCGGCAGUCCGCCGCCAGGUGGCGCCUGCAACGCCGUCGUGCUGCAGACGAUUCGCAGCGUCGACGUCGUCUGGCAGCAGCUGCACGACGGAGCGUCCGCGCUGCAGAUGCUAUCCAGUACGCUCAUCAGACUGUUCUCGGCCGCCUGCAAGCAGAGAGCCACCGAGUACUUUCAAGCCGGAAUGCCCACCGGCAAAGUCUGGCGCCGCAAGGGCAACAGUGACAUCCCCGUUAAACAGAGUGGCUACAUCGAGCAGGCGGUGCAGGAGCUGCUACAGCUACAUCCGGUUACACAGAGUGGCUACAUCGGCAGGCGGGUGCAGGAGCUGCUACAGCCCGUGGUAGACGCCACCAGCAAAGCUGCCAAUGGAAGCACAGAUCACUGCUCUGAGCAUAGCUGUAGUCGCGCUGUGCGAGGCGUGGACCGCCUUCAUACUCAAGGAACGCGUCCGCUUCAGGUGCGCACACUAGUAUCGGUGCCGCUGCCUCUGCAGCUGCCGAAUAAUGCUUAA